AUGCUCCCAUCCCGAUCGCUGCCACUCCUCGCGGCGAUUUCAUUGCUUUUCUUCGCAUCCAAGCUCUGCUCUGCACUCUACAGUGCGUCGACUCCGGUAGUUCAGCUCACUCCUUCCAACUUCAAGUCCAAGGUUCUAAACUCCAAUGGAGUUGUUCUGGUUGAGUUCUACGCUCCUUGGUGUGGCCAUUGUCAAGCUCUUACGCCAGCGUGGGAGAAAGCUGCCACAGUCUUGAAAGGUGUGGCCACAGUGGCAGCUGUUAAUGCUGACGAACACAAGGGUCUUGCUCAGGAAUAUGGAAUUCAAGGUUUUCCAACAAUAAAAGUGUUUUCUCCUGGCAAGCCACCUGUUAACUACCAAGGAGCUAGGGAGGCCAAACCCAUUGUGGAGUUUGGGCUCCAGCAGAUAAAGGCACUUCUCAAGGAUCGGUUGCAUGGAAAGUCAACCAGUGGUUCUAGUGAAAAAUCUGAACCAAAUGCCUCAGUAGAGUUGAACGCUCGCAACUUUGAUGAGUUGGUCAUAAAAAGUAAAGACCUCUGGAUUGUGGAAUUUUUCGCUCCUUGGUGUGGACACUGUAAAAAAUUGGCUCCUGAGUGGAAGAAGGCAGCUAGUAAUUUGAAGGGGAAGGUGAAACUGGGUCAUGUUGACUGCGACUCAGAGAAGUCUUUCAUGAGCAGGUUUAAUAUUCAAGGAUUUCCAACAAUCAAGGUAUUUGGUGCCGACAAAGACAGCCCCAUGCCGUAUGAGGGUGCUAGAACAGCCUCAGCUAUCGAGUCAUUCGCGCUGGAGCAGCUGGAAACAAAUGUUGCACCUCCUGAAGUAACUGAGUUGACUGGCCCGGACGUCAUGGAGGAGAAGUGUGGUUCAGCUGCCAUCUGUUUCGUGUCAUUCUUGCCUGAUAUCUUAGACUCCAAGGCAGAAGGAAGGAACAAGUACCUCGACCAAUUAUUAUCAGUUGCAGAGAAGUUCAGAAGAAGCCCCUACAGCUAUGUCUGGGCUGCUGCUGGCAAGCAACCAAAUCUUGAGAACAGUGUUGGUGUAGGUGGGUAUGGGUACCCAGCUCUGGUUGCCUUGAACGUGAAGAAAGGAGUCUACGCCCCGCUUAAAAGUGCCUACGAGCUGGAAUACAUCAGAGAGUUCGUUAAGGAAGCAGGGCGCGGUGGAAAAGGAAACCUGCCACUGGAAGGAACACCAGAGAUCGUGAAGACCGAGCCAUGGGAUGGUAAAGAUGGGGAGAUCGUCGAAGAAGACGAGUUCUCGCUCGAAGAGUUGAUGGGUGAGGAUUCCGGGAGCAAAGACGAGUUGUGA